AUGGCAACUCAUACUGGACAAGCGCUCGGUGAAAAGAGGAUGGCGUCCGUUGGCGGCGCCAUACUCGAAGAUCAACAACACCCGGCCGCUCUCACAACCACCAAGGCCGACUACGUAGGUGCGCAAACCAAGAGCGAUCCUGAUGAGAUCAGACUUGUGCGCAAGCUGGACUGGUUUAUGAUGACUACGGCCGAUGUUGUGCCUGAUAAAGAUCUCGGGAUGCAUGGAACGGACUUCAACACCACUGUCUCCAUUCUGUUUGUGGGAUAUAUGCUCAUGCAGGUACCCAGCAACAUGAUGAUCACUAGGGUCAGGAGGCCUUCGUGGUAUAUGUCCUGCUGGAUGCUGGCUUGGGCGGCUGUGUCAGGUUGCACUGCUCUGGUGCAGAGCUAUGGGGGACUGGUCGCCACACGAUUUAUCCUAGGCAUUGUCGAGGCACCAUUCUAUCCUGCUGCCACGUUCACAAUUUCCAGCUUCUAUACCCGCCGGGAGGUCGCAGCAAGGAUAGCGAUUCUGUAUGGAGCUCAGAUCCUAGCCACUGGAUUCUCUGGUUUGAUCGCUGCGGGGAUAUUUGCCGGACUCGAUGGUGCUCUCGGGAUCCAGGGCUGGCGAUGGCUCUUCAUCAUUGAAGGUUCCGUCACCGCGUUUGUGGCCCUCUUCGGAUUCUUCACCCUGGCGGAUGAGCCGCUGACGACACGAUGGCUUACCGAAUCUGAGCGACGUCUGGCUCACGACCGCAUGGAGCGCGAUAAGCUGGCAGACAGCGACGCCGAAGCAUCGACAACCUGGCAUGGUCUGUUCGAAGCAUGCAAGGAUGUCCGGACGUGGAUCUUCACCCUCAUGAAGAUGCUCCAGCUGUCGGCUUGCUCUUUCAACUCGUUUCUGCCGACCGUUGUGAAGACAUUCGGGUUCUCGACGACUGUGACGCUGGCGUUGACCUGUCCGCCUUAUAUUUUCGCUGGAAUCGUCGGCUUCCUCUUCGGAUGGAGCUCCGGGCGGCACCACGAACGGACCUAUCACAUCACUGCGGGCCUCGGCAUCGCCACGAUCGGCUUCAUUUGGGCCGCCGCAACUCUUAAUGUCCCCGCUCGAUAUGUGGCCUGUUUCGUGUUUCCCGUUGGAGCAUACUCUGUUAACUCGGUCAUCAUUGGGUGGGCGUCGUCUACUCUGGCGCAGAGUCGUGAGAAGAGAGCAGUCAUCUUCGCUUUGAUCAACUCGCUAGGAAAUCUGGGUUCCAUCUAUGGAGCGUACCUGUGGCCAAGUACCGACAGUCCACUGUAUAGCAUCGGAUUCGGAGCUUCUGCUGGGUUCGCGUUUGGUGCUGUUGCUUUGGCUUGGUUGAUGCGACAUCUGCUCAAGAGGGCGAAUAAGAGCAUUUUGGCUAUGACGCAUGUCGAGAACAUCAACCUGUAUGGGUACUGA